GGCGUGGUGCGCAUCCGUCGUUGACUUUGCGCCAUCCUCCACCCAGCUGCGUUGCGGCCUCAGCACCAUUCACGAAUUGACGACCCCCGCCGCUCUAGAAUCGCGCACCUCGCCCUCGCCCUCGACAGAAGCUCCGCCAGCCGCCGCAUCGAGCACCAGCUUCUUCGGCACAUCUCGCCGCCCACGCCUCGAACGGCGCCGCCAGCCUCUUUGUCUCAGGCUCGCCCGUGACAGAAAACGGCCACGCAGAAAACGGCAGCGCCAGAACAAAGGGAAGCAUGGCCGGUGGGCCGAGUCCCAGCAGCACUAGCCCCUCCAACUUGUCCAACAGCAGCCCGUUCCUCCACGGCUCCUUCAGCUCUACAUCCUCCUCGCCGCCCAAGCACCCGUACUCCUCGCAGACCAAGAUGGCCGCCGACGCGUAUCCCGGAUCGCAUGGCUACAGCCUGCCCACGCCCAUUGGAGACAGACGCGCGCUCGACAAGAACGGCAUGUCGCUGCUAUCCUUCAGUGAAGUCGAAUCAAGCCCGGACUCGAAGGGCCCGCCCGCGAUUUUCCUGCGCAAGUUGCCGAGCAGCAGCGAUCGCGAGGCCGUGCGCAACAUUCUGCUUUUCUCGCAAGACAUGAUCGACUGCGAGCUCGUCCCGUCGUCAAAGCCCGAGGACAAGGGCUUCGCCUCCGCUGUGGCCAGAUUUCGCUCUAUCGAGGGCGCCAAGGAAGCCAGAAAUCUGUUGAACGGAAAGCGCAACGCCUCCAACGAUGCCAAUAUCAUUGUCGAACUGAUCCAGGACGGCCUCCCAGGAACGAUCGGGUCCAGGAGGAAUACCGUGGACAGCAACUCAGGCCGCCAAGGAUCCGUUUCCGCCGCGUCUGGCAUCUCCUCCAACGGCCAGAGUGCACGCCAAUCGUCGCGAUACAACGGCACAUUCCAGCACAUGGAGAAGAUGUCCCCGCCAAACGGAACCCCAGGUCUUGGCAACGGCGAGUUCCCCGUGCAAAAUCUGUUUUCGCCCACGUCCCCCGUGAGCACGUCCUUCAAUCAUCGCAAUCUCGGCAAGUCGGUCAUCAACGAUGAGGCCGAUGAUGAAUCAGAUGGUCUCCUCCAAGAGACCAUCGGGUUUGCUACCGGCAGCCAGCAGUCACAGGCGGCCAUACCUCGUCGAACCACCAAUCCAUCUAUCCCAGUCUCUCGUUUCUCGGCCCUUUCACUCAACACUAAUGGCACUAACGGCAUGGCUUCACCGCCUCUGCCCAACUACUCUUCUCCCCGAUCGGGCGCACCCGUUCAGUCACCAAGCACGACGCUUUCGGCAAUGUCGCCUCAUACGACUCCGUCUUCCUUGAAUAAUCUUGGACCUAAUGCCAGCUAUCAGCAAUUUUCUCAGCAUUUCCCUAGACACAACUAUCCACCCGUUAAUCCAGCGGACCAGAAUCCUCCGUGUAACACUCUUUACGUCGGCAACCUACCUAUCGACACUUCUGAAGAUGAGCUAAAGGCGAUGUUCUCCAAGCAACGUGGAUAUAAAAGACUGUGUUUCCGCACCAAGCAAAACGGACCUAUGUGUUUCGUCGAGUUCGAGGAUAUCUCAUUUGCGACCAAGGCUCUCAACGAACUUUACGGCCACCCACUGCAUAACAGUGUCAAAGGCGGGAUUCGCCUCAGCUUCUCCAAGAACCCUCUCGGUGUUAGGACUGGUCAACCCAGCAGCAUGGGAUGUGCUACCCCACUCCAGCAAUCCUCCGUGAUGCCCGGGUUUGGCGGAAAUGGUGGCAGCCUAACGCCUGGCUUCACUACUGCUACUGGCCCACCCCCAGGACUCUCCGUCCCACCCGGACUCCAGACAGCCUCAUCUGUGCAUGCCAAUGGAACAUCGAACUUCGGAAUGUUUUCGAGCGGGGGCUUUGGAGUCAACCAUAACGACAUGGCCAGCCCGAUUAGAGCCCAUACGCAGCCAAUGGGUGGACUUGCGACUAGUGUCGCAGGUAGCGCUUUUGGCGGUAUGGGCGGUAGGUUUCCGACCUACAUGAUGGGAGGCUGAACGUACGACGACAUAGAAGCUUAUGAUGACCUAGAAGCUUAUGACGCCGUGACGCCUGACGAUGCUACGUAGGAGUUUUGGGGAGCAUUCGCCCGUC